AUGUUUCUCCCUCCUGACAAAUUUCGGGAACGAGGCUCUCUUGAACCAUUUCUUAUUUAUACUCUCCAACUCCUCAACGGUUCUUUUGGUCUCCUCCCUUGCCCUUUCCUCCAGAGUCUCCCUCUCUCUAGCGGCCAACAGUUCAGCUCUCUCCUUCAGAAAAGUCUCCAUGGACCAGUCCAAAUACAGGUCUUGCACCAAUUGAGGCAAUGCCUCCACUUCUUCCAAAGUGUAAGUCCUUGCGAAAAUGCGGAAGACAGCGUCCAUGUUGGCGGUAGUCAAAUGAUAGAUACGCUUAGCCAUAAUUGCAACCAGUCGCUUAUUUCGAGUGGCAGAAGUGGUUGUCGCGGAAUGAACCAGUUGUCCCAUCGCUCAGAGCACCUACCCAUAUUUUAUACGUUUGGGGGAGGCAGCCACCCCAGGACCUGUUACCGCCCUCCCAACGGUACAUAUGUUUACUACAAACAAGCGCCCACCAACACAGAUAAGCAACCGUUCUCCCAACGGUAA